UUUAUCUUUAUCACUCAACCAUCACCAAUUAAUCCCUUUUUCUCUUUGAAAAAGAAGCAAGAUUUGAUCAUGGGUAAAGACAUUGAAGUUGGAACCAAGGAUUACCAAGACCCACCGCCGGCACCCCUGUUUGACCUAGAGGAGCUAACAAAAUGGUCAUUAUACAGAGCCACCAUCGCAGAAUUUGUAGCCACUCUGCUUUUCCUCUACAUCACUGUCCUCACCGUCAUCGGCUACAAAAGCCAAUCCGAAGCCGACCAAUGCGGCGGCGUCGGGAUCCUCGGCAUUGCCUGGGCUUUCGGCGGCAUGAUUUUCGUCCUCGUUUACUGCACCGCCGGCAUCUCCGGUGGGCACAUAAACCCAGCAGUCACAUUCGGUCUAUUCUUGGCUCGUAAGGUGUCCUUGAUCAGAGCCGUAUUGUACAUAGUGGCUCAAUGCUUGGGAGCCAUCUGCGGUUGUGGCUUGGUCAAGGCCUUUCAGAAGGCUCACUAUAUCAAAUACGGCGGCGGCGCCAACGGACUUUCCACCGGCUACAGCAUCGGCACCGGACUUGGAGCAGAAAUUAUUGGGACUUUCGUCCUUGUUUACACUGUUUUCUCUGCAACCGACCCCAAGAGAAACGCGCGUGACUCGCACGUUCCGGUUCUGGCGCCGCUUCCUAUUGGAUUCGCCGUCUUCAUGGUUCACUUGGCAACGAUCCCAAUAACCGGCACCGGGAUUAACCCUGCUCGGAGUUUUGGGGCGGCGGUGAUUUAUGGAAAAGACAAAGCUUGGGAUGACCAAUGGAUCUUCUGGGUUGGACCCUUCAUCGGAGCAGCCAUAGCUGCCUUUUAUCACCAGAUUGUUCUUAGGGCAGCAGCGGUUAAAUCUUUAGGAUCAUUCAAAAGUAGCGGUAGUACUGCCUACUAGUUGAUCAAGAUCUGAAAAUUAAAUUAUGAAUAAAUUAAGGAGUGUUUAAGACCCUAAAUCAAAAUGUCUGCUGUUUUUUUGAAUGAUGUACUCAAAAUGUAAAUUUCCUCCUUUUUCUUUUUGCUGUUGGUUAUCCUAUUUCAAGUAAUUUAAUUAAGUAAAACCGAGAUAAUAGACUUUUUAA